UGACCCAACAAUGUCGCUAAGGAGAAAUCUCUAGAACGAGGGUUCUGGAGAAAUAGGUAGAGAAGUCCAGAGGAGAGCAGGUAGCAAAGCGAGAGGAAUAUGUCGUUUUUGCAGUCUUUAAUUGAUCCCAGGAAGAACUGGUUCGCGGCUCAGCACAUGAAAACCCUCUCUAAACGACUUCGCAAAUACGGGCUCCGGUACGAUGAUCUCUACGAUCCUUACUACGAUCUGGACAUUAAGGAGGCGCUGAAUCGGUUGCCGAGAGAGAUCGUCGACGCUCGUAACCAGCGUCUCAAGCGUGCCAUGGACCUUUCCAUGAAACACGAGUACCUUCCUGAAAAUCUUCAGGCUAUGCAAACACCAUUUAGGAGCUACCUUCAAGAUAUGCUGACCCUUGUUAAGAAGGAGAAUGCAGAGCGCGAGGCUUUGGGAGCAUUGCCUCUCUAUCAGCGCACAAUCCCUUAAGUAUCUUAGUGUGUCAUGUAGCUAUAACUAAAUGGUGAAGUUUUAAAUGAAUGUCAGGAUUUCGUUUCUCAAUCAUUUGUGCCAGUGUUUCAUUGGAGUUACUACUUGGAUCUGAUACACUGGCCUUUUUCCAAUAAAUAUGAACAACCAAACUUAUAGCUUCUAUUGUAUGUUCGCUUCCAAUAUGAUCUCCCUGUAUACUCUUGUCGAAUUUGGAGAGUCAAAAAGUUUAUUAAAAUUGAUAUUUCAUGAUUUAUAUCGUUA